AUUUACACCAUACCAACAAUUUUCCAAGUGCAGGGUUUGCAAAUCAACCGUUCAUCAAGUACAUUCAAAGUAUUGUCAAGGUUGUGCUUAUAAAAAGGGUAUAUGUGCUAUGUGCGGCAAGCAGGUUUUGGAUACAAAAGAUUAUCGACAAUCAUCUGCAUAAUUUAUUUCUAACAUGGCUUUCGAUGAAGUAAGCUCACCAGUAUUGGCCAAAAAAUUUUCUGCUCCGGAUUUUAAUCCAGAAGAGUAUGUAAAAACUGUUUUGGCAAAAUGUGAUAUUUAUCGAACAUUAUACGACCAGCGUAACAACAUUCAAAAACUCGGCGAAGAAACUGCCGUGUCGUUGAAAAAAAAUGUGUAUCGAAAUUAUCGACAAUUUAUCGAUACAGCGAAAGAAAUAUCUUACCUAGAAGCGGAAAUGUACCAACUAAGUCAUAUGUUGACAGAACAGAAAUCGACUUUGGCCGAUCAAAUUGAGACAGAUAUAUUUGAACGACCAAAAGGGUUGCCAGUACAGAAGGAUCCGGAAGUGGAAGCGUAUGAAACGAAAAAGAAAAAUUUCCUGGAUAACAUAAAAGGUAGUAAGCAACUAUUAAGUGAACUAUCUGUUAAAGAGCUAUUGCUGGAUGGCGAGGUGACGGAGUUCGAUCCUGAAACUUAUACUCCCAUACAAAGGAUUGGAGCCUAUCUACUGACAGAUAACUUGCUGAUCACUAAUCUUCCACCCAGUGGAAAAGCAACAAUCUUGACCAUGUUCGAUCUAAGUGAUUUAGCUGUCGUGAAUGUGAGAGAUGGACAGGGAGUAAGAAACGCCUUUAAACUGCUUUAUUCUCUCGAGACGCGAAUGUUUUGUGCACCCAGCAAAGACAUGAAACUAGCAUGGCUUGAUCAAAUUGAACGAGGAAAGAAAAACUACAAGAAGGGAGUACAACUUGAUGCGCAAAAGUUGGCAGAGUUGAAACUGAAACAGGAGGAAGAAGAAAAAGAAGAGCGCGAAAAGCUAGAAGAGGAAGACGAUCAGAAUGUAAAUAAAAGCUCUGAGAAAUCCAUCCUUGAAUCAUCAAAUCGUUACCCAAACUUAUUGAAUGUGGACUGGUUAAUAGAACUUCCAGAAGAUCUCGACAUGUGCGUCGCUCAACGUGACUUUGCAGGAGCCGUACAACUGGUCGAAAAAGGUCGUGCUUACUUGCUGGAUUUCCCAGAAUCCACUGCUUUAAGAGACAUUCGAAACAAGAUAGAAGAAAGAGUAAGACAACUUGUAACCACGUUGGAGAAAUCUUUAGAUAAUUCCACAUCUUCCCGACAUGUUAGUUUAAGAUCGAUUCGUGUUUAUGUGUUGCUUCUGAUCCGACUUGACCGCGAGAAACUGGCUUGUGAGUUGUUUUUACGGAACCGGGGAUUUGAAAUCAAAAACAGUUUCAAGCAAUUAAAAAUGGAAGGGGCCACUGCGAUCUACAUCAACAAACUAGCCAGUGUGUUUUUCACUGCGGUGAUCGAAACUGGUCGGGAGUAUAAAAAAAGUUUUCCGACAAAUAAAAGUGCUUCGGCUUUUGUGGUAUGGAUUCAUAAAGAGCUGGAACAUUUUGCUGAAAAGUUCUCCAGACAAGUUUUCACACGAAAUUGUUCGUUGUCAGGCAUUGGUGUGUGUAUCAGCAUGGCCCUGCAACAAUGUAAGCGGCUACAAUGUAUCGGUGUGGAACUCACGUUUGAUUUGCAACACAUGUUUUUGAAGGAUGUUAUGUCUGCUUUGUUCGAUUCACGUGACCAGGUACUCGAACGUUCCAGGUUACGAGCAAUGGAAGACAGAUGGGAGGAAGUUAGUUAUAAGACCGACAUCGAGGCAUUGGAAACGCUUCUAAAUGAGAUGAAGUCAUUGGAUUUGAUUGGUUUUGAUACUUACGUUAAAGAUGGCGUCGUGAAACUGAGCUCUUCAACGUUGGUGUUUGCUAAAAGUGUUUUGAUGUUUCUAGCGGAUGGCAUACAGCUGUACACUGCGGAAAUGCACAACGUUUUUAUUCAGUGUUUUACAGAAAUGUUUAAAGCGCAAGCAAUCCAGUUUGAAAAUCUGCUGAAAGAUCCCUCGCUGAAAGAAAAGGUUCACUUUCUUCUGGUGAAUGCAGAGUUUGUGUAUGGGAAAGUGCUGAAAGUGAUCGCAAACAAAAUGAAGUCUUUGAUUGGACACAAAAUCAACUCUUUACAAUCCAUUGAAGCCGAGAUUGAGCGAUUGCGUAAAUAUGGACAAAAAUGAAUAUGAACAAAUAUAUUGGUUAGUUAUUAAACUUACUUAGGUGGAAUUUGAUAGGAUUCUAUUAUAAUAACUUCUAUUCAUUUUUUCCGGCAUGAUUUAUGUAGCUGAAAAUGAUUUCUGUUCAUAAUUAGUAAAACUAUUCUUUGUUAUGAAUCCGCAACAACAAUUUUGUGCAAAGAUAAUAAUUUCAACCUUUUGAAAUCUCUCUAAACUUUUAAUUUCACCCAGCGUGUCAGUUAUUUCACCGUAUGAUUUUUAUAUUUGUUUGUUAUUACGUAACUUUUCCGCAUUUAAUUUCUUUCGUUUUUUGUAUUAUAUAUCAGAUAUAAAACGUAGAUUGGAUCUGUUUUCAUUUUUACCAAUGUCUCUUUUUAAUACCUUAUAGGAUUAUACCUUUGUUGGUCUAAAUUUCCCUCUCCUAAUUAAAAUCUCAUCACUUAGCGCCAACGAUUAUUCUGAACUAGUUGGUUAAUAAACAAAUUUUUUUCUGGCUUUUUCUAUAAAAUUAACCUUGAAAAUUUAUACUGGUUAAAAUUAUAUGUAAUUUUAUAUUUCA